UGUCCUAUGCAUUCAUCUUCACUCUUUUGAGGCCUGGGAAGUGAUAGAACCUAACACCACACUAAGAUUGGCCAUCACCUACCUCUAGGAGCUAGUCUGUCUGUUUCCCUCUGCCCAGCUUUCUCACCAGACCCUGCUAUUGGAUUUCCCAACAGAAUCUUUAGUUAAAUGAGCCCUUGGGAAAAGGGCCAUCUUGACUCUGGGAGUAGGAGGGAAGUUCCAGGAUGAGAGAAGAUCCCAGACUUUUCUGAGAUUUGCCGAUCAGGGAGCUGCCUUGGGAUUUGGAGUGCCAGUCAUGCUGUUUGGAGAAACCAAUACAUUGGAUGCCGCGAAUGAGGAAACUGAGUCCCAGAGAACAAGUGACAAUCCAAGAAGGCAUUAACUGAGCGGACUGUUGGAUCCCCUUACAGAUCAUGAUUUUGGAAGGAAGUGGUGUGAUGAAUCUCAAUUCCAGCAACCAUCUUCUCCACCAACAGCCGGCCUGGACAGACAGUUACCCCACAUGCAAUGUUUCCAGUGGGUUUUUUGGAGGCCAAUGGCACGAGACCCAUCCCCAGUACUGGACCAAGUACCAGGUGUGGGAGUGGCUCCAGCACCUCCUUGAUACCAACCAGCUUGAUGCCAACUGCAUCCCCUUCCAGGAAUUCGACAUCAACGGGGAACAUUUGUGCAGCAUGACCUUGCAAGAGUUUAGCCGAGCAGCGGGGGCAGCUGGCCAGAUCCUCUAUAACAACUUGCAACAUCUCAAGUGGAAUGGUCAAUGCAGCAGUGACCCAUUCCAGUCCACCCACAAUGUCAUUGUGAAGACAGAGCAAGCAGAUCCUUCCAUUAUGACCACUUGGAAAGAAGAUAAUUAUUUAUAUGACGCAAACUAUGGUAGCACAGUAGAAAUGAUGGACAGCAAAACUUUCUGCCGAGCUCAGAUCUCCAUGACAACCACUGGCCACCUCCCCAUUGAUUCACCUGAUCUGAAGAAGGAGCAGGAGCAUCCCGCCAAAUCUCACCCCAAAAAACACAACCCUCGAGGGACUCACUUGUGGGAGUUCAUCCGAGACAUUCUCCUGAACCCGGAUAAGAACCCGGGGUUAAUAAAGUGGGAAGACCGGUCUGAGGGUAUCUUCAGGUUCUUGAAAUCAGAGGCAGUGGCUCAGCUCUGGGGGAAGAAAAAGAACAACAGCAGCAUGACCUACGAAAAACUCAGCCGGGCUAUGAGAUACUACUACAAACGAGAAAUCCUGGAACGUGUGGAUGGACGGAGACUGGUAUAUAAAUUUGGGAAGAAUGCCCGGGGCUGGAGAGAAAAUGAAAAUUAGGGCUGUCGGAACAAGAAAUCAGCACACACACUUACACACACACACACACACACACACCAAGCCAAGAACCUCUGGACGUAAAUAUUUCAAAGACUACUUUUCUCCUAUUUAUGUACCAUAAGGGAAGAAACGAUCUACGUCUAACGGGAAGAAGGAACACUACAGUUGUUAAAAUUAUUUUGUUACUUUGAAGUAUGUCCUGUAUGGGGAAAAAACGUACACAGUUUUCUGUGAAAUAUGAUGCUGAAUGUGGUUAUGAUCAAUUUUUGCCUCUUGUGAAGUUCAUUUCUGUUGCAAGAAUAAUGUGGUUCUCCACUUUUUGCUACCUGCCUGGAGGACAAAAAAAAAAAGAAAUCAGAGGGCAUUAAAUGUUGUUGUUUUUUUUUUUAAAUGCAAGAUAAUUUA